CCAAAACCCCCUGAAAGCCAAAAGCCACACGAGAACGCCAGCAAGGGGAAGCGGAAGCGAAACCGCAGCUGGAGGCGGAGAGGAGAGAGAGAUCCCCGGAACCCUAACCCUACUAGCCCCCCUACCUUCGCCGGCUGCGACUGCGAUGGCGAUGGACGCGGAGCGGCGGCAGGCGGAGCUGAUCGAGCAGUUCUCGGCGCAGGCGGCGGCGCUCUCGUCGGCCCCGCAGCUGGCGGCGCUCGUGCUCGAGGCCACCUCCCACCCGGCGCUCUUCGCCUUCUCCGAGCUCCUCACCCUCCCCGCCCUCUCAAAGCUAACGGGCACGCAGUACGCCUCUUCGCUGGACCUGCUCCGCCUCUUUGCCUAUGGCACUCUCAAGGACUAUAAGAGUAAUUCUUGCACCCUACCUGCAUUGCUACCUGAUCAGGUACGGAAGCUGAAGCAACUCAGUGUGCUAACUUUGGCUGAGUCAACCAAGGUGCUACCAUAUGAUAAACUCAUGCAAGAGUUGGAUGUUUCUAAUGUAAGAGAACUUGAAGAUUUCCUCAUAAACGAGUGCAUGUACUCGGGUAUUGUCAGGGGCAAAUUGGAUCAGCUGCGGCGGUGCUUUGAAGUACAAUUUGCCGCUGGAAGAGACCUUACACCUGGUCAGCUAAACAACAUGAUAGAAACCUUGUCCGACUGGUUGGGAACAUCAGAUGGUCUAUUGCACCAAAUUCAGGAGAAAAUCAAGUGGGCUGAUGCAACGAGUGAAGUGAACAAGAAGCACCAGAAAGAAUUUGAAGAUAGAGUGGAAGAAGCCAAAAAGUCAAUCAAGAAGUUGAACAAUGUAAGCAGGCAGACAUUGACUUACGGGGGCACGACGACUUUCUCUCUGAAUCGGGAGGAAUAAUGGAUUUUGAAGAGGACCGCAUCCGACCAAAAAGGAGGCGACAACCAAUGGCAUAGUUUCAAUGAAGUAUUUAUCCAUGUCCCUGCUUGCGGAAAUGCCGAUGCGUCCUUAGACAUUUUGGCACCAGAGUUGAGGAAAUGUCCUUGCAUCGAUUGUGGUGCUUCUUGAAGCGAGUCUCUGUUGAGAAAACGCUAGUUUUUGGUACGAGAUGUUACAAGGAGAUGACUCUUACCGCAUUUAUUUAGUAGCACAAAAGGCAGAUGAGCUCCUUGGUGCUGUAAACACUAUGGUUCUAAAGAAAAGUAUAUUUUAGUAAGUUGGCGAUUGCCCAGUUUCUUUUGGUUU